CCCCCCCCCCUCCCCAGCCUCCUGCCUGGGGUACUUGGUCCAGAACGCGGGAGAAGCAGAGGCGCAGAUCUGGCGGAGGGAGGGCCCGCCGUGGCCGCCCGGAGGAUGGACGGACGGGAGGAGAGCGCUCCCGCUCCCGUUCUCCCUCCGGGCGGCCGCGGCGGGGACAGCGCUGCAGGGGAGAGGUCCGGGUCAAGUUAUCUCCAGCCCAAGCCUGUGGUUACCAGCAUGGAGGAGCAGCCUGAGGUUUCCCACGAAGAACCGGAAGAAGUCAAAACAGAAAAGAGCUCAGAAGACAACCGUUGGCACUCUCAAAGCUACACCCUCGGAGCCAUCUCCAGCUUCCUGUCGACAUUUGUGACCUUUCCCAUCUACAAGCUCGUGUUCCGCCAGCAGAUCCAUGCCGUGUCUGUGCCGCAGGCCGUCAAUCAGCUGCACCAGGAGGGCCCUUGCCGCUUCUACCGAGGAAUCUACCCACCCCUUCUGGCCAAGACCCUGCAGGGGACCCUGCUCUUCGGCACCCACAACAACGUGCUCCAAUAUCUCUCUCCCACCGGACACUCCAGGCUGUGGCAGCGCUGGGUCGCUGGGUCCCUAUCAGGGGUAGUGGAAGCUGUAGUGUUGACCCCCUUCGAACGAGUCCAGAAUGUGCUUCAAGAUGGAAGGAAGGAUGCCCGCUUCCCCAGCACCUCCAGCAUUCUACAGGAAUUCAACUCCUACAGCUUCUGGGAACGGCUAGCCAUGGGCUACUAUCGAGGCUUCUUUCCUGUCCUUCUGAGAAACAGUCUGGGAAGCGCUCUCUACUUCUCUUUCAAAGAUCCCAUCCGAGACAGCCUGAUGGAACAAGAUUUGCCCUCCUGGGUCCCGGCUCUCGUGUCUGGCAGUGUCAAUGGGACCCUCACAUGUCUACUGCUUUACCCACUCAGUGUCCUAGUUGCCAACAUGCAGUCACAGGUAGGUUGGCAGGAAGCACCCGGCCUGCGGGCUUCCGCUCAGGCCGUUUGGGAGGAUAGAGGACGAAAGCUGUCUCUGCUCUAUCGAGGCGGUUCUUUAGUCAUCCUACGUUCCUGUGUGACCUGGGGACUUACCACUGCUAUCCAUGAUUUCUUGCAGGAAAGUAACCGCCCCAAGGUAGAGGAGAGUGACUGAGUAGCCUCAGAGGCAUCCCAGAGGGUUUCAGGACUGUGUUCUUAUAGCCUGGGUCUACAAUAGGCCAAGAACUCACCUCUGGGUCCAUUUGCUUCUUCUGGUCUUAGAGAACUAAGAGCAGUCAUUCAGUCAGGAGAUGAGUUCCCAGCAAUUAGAUUAUCAAAUUAUUUUAUCGUCAGAUAGUAAUUUCAAUAUGUCACUUCAGUCACCACUGUGGGUGCUCUCCCCUUGGACCACCAACACAGAACGAAGAUUCCCAGCAACUCAGUAGAUGGCCUUUCAGAUCUACUCUGGCCGAAACAAUCAAUCACACUGCUGCCAACCUGGUAAUGGGCCUCCCCAAACACAGCUAGACUGGUGCUUGAACAACAGACUGCGAGUCUAUUGCCGGGUCCCUACCCAAAGCCUUUGGAGCCCGGAGGAGGACCUUGGAAGAGUCUUCGAGAGUUCAGGCCCAUUACCACGAAGAGGUAAAAGAGGAAGAGUCCAAGGAAGAGUGACAUUAACACCCAUGUUCACUUUCUGCUCUCACCAAAGCUUCACGGCAUCGAUUGGGUCAUAGAAGCAUUUCACCCUUCUAGCCACAGCGUCAGUUUCCUCAUCCCCACCCUGCCCUUGACUUCGGCCCAACUCUCGGGAGCUGCCGGAAAGAAGGCUGUGCUCUGAGGUCUCAAGGAUUUUCAAGAAAACCAUUGGGAAGAGAGAAAAAACUGCAAGUUUCCUUUCUACUUGCUACAAGUCCAAAUAAGGAGCUAGGGGAGCAAAAC